AGGAAAGCGAGCCGGGAUCUCCUCCCCGAGGACCGCUAUGGCUUUCCCGCCGGCGGGCACUGGCGCUCUGGCUCGGGGUAAGGCAGCAGCUCCUUCGAAACCCCACCGAGCGGCUCCCUAAAGCGUGGCGCGGGACCUGGAGGGGCCGUCGGGUGCAGCGGUGCCCGAGAUGUGAGUGCGGAGUCCCGCGCGCAGGAGCCAGGAAGGGGCACCCGAAGCGCCGCGCCUCGCCCAGCCCAGCCGGGGAUUGUUUUUCUCUCUCCGCCCCCCUGGCCCCGGGGGCGCCUCGGCUCGUUGCGGGAUCAGGGCCACCUGUUACUUCCGAGCGCAGACCGAGCCUGGCUGUUACUCAGCGAGGAAGCCAAGCGGCGGAGCAGCUGCUGUGCCUCGCCUCUCCUCUCGGCUCCGGGAAAAUGGAGAGCGCCGGACUUUCCAGCACGGACCAAAAGCUGAUUCGCGAGAGCUGGCAGAAAGUGAGCGGCAGCCCUUUGGAGCACGGCAUCGUUCUCUUCACCAGGCUUUUUGAUUUGGAGCCUGAACUCUUGCCCCUUUUCCAGUACAAUUGCAAAAAGUUCUCUACCCCUGAGGAGUGCCUCUCAUCACCUGAGUUCCUGGAACACAUUAGGAAGGUGAUGCUGGUAAUAGAUGCUGCUGUGACCCAUUUGGAGAACUUGCACCGUCUGGAGGAAUACCUUGCCAACUUGGGCAAGAAACACCAGGCAGUUGGCGUGAAGGUGGAGUCUUUUUCGACUGUGGGAGAAUCCUUGCUGUAUAUGCUGGAGAAAUGUCACGGUCCUGCCUUCAACUUGAAUGUCCGUGAAGCCUGGACCAAGCUGUACGGCGCUGUGGUGAAAGCCAUGAGCUGCGGCUGGGAUGUUCUGAGGAAGGUGGAAUAGGUCUGGAAGAGAACAUGUGGGCUCUGGCUGUUUGUCUUUGGGAAUAGAUUGGAGGAGAGAGCAAGCUCGCCUUUCCAGUUUGGUGUGCUUCAGAGUAAUCUCCGCCUCUCUCUCUCUCUGUUGUUUACUUUCACAUUUCCCAUCUCCCUUGCGAUAAUGUGAUUUUACUCCUAAAUUUCAGUGUAGCUGUUCCAGAGGUCUGUUUUCAGGGGGCAGAGGAGAGCCAGGCUGGAAUCAUAACCAUCAGAGAUGCUGACUGCAGCAGGUUUCCCGCCAAAAGGCCUGUUAUAACUCUUUGUUCCCCAUCUCCUUAUAAAGAGUAAUUAUAAAAAAAUUGGCACAGAGAAGUUAUUCCACCAGCUAUUCCCUCAGAGUCCAAGAGUGUUUCAGUUAAGUUAAUCAACAGUGGGUGCUUUCCCUUGUGAUUAUCUAAGCAAUGUAGCUUUUUAUUUUUGAAGUGGGUGAAGUCUACUAUAAGGCUGCUCUUGCUAUGUCUGAAUUGCUAGCAGGUGGAAUUUUAAAAUGUUUGGCCACAGGGGAAAACUUGGAAAUGUAGCCGCUGCCUAUUCCUUGGGUGUGAAAAUAAAGCUUUGUCCUGAAAUUGAUGACAGUUGAAGCUUUGUCCUGGAUAAAGCUUCCAAAAUUCAUCCUGGUUGCUGACCAGCAAGAGUGUCUGUGGCACGCAAUUCAUUUCUGGGCAACUGGGUGAUGUACAUACAACUAUCAUUCUUCCCAUGGCCUUUAGGGGCUUAUAGAAUCCUUUUAGCUUUUCUCAGAUUUGAAGUAACGAUGUAGCCCUUGUUCUUGACUGUGGACAGUAUCUUUGAAAACUGGGAACGAGAAAAAGGAUUUUUAAAGGAAAGUUUGAAACAUUUAAACUGGUUAAAGUAACUUCUCUUUUGGCUGAAGCAGAUGGUUCCAUAGGAGAAUUCUGAGGGGCAAGUAGGGUCUGAUUGUGUGAGGGGGGGGGGAUGUGGCUGGCUUUUUCAUUCAGUCUGCCCCAGUUCUCUUCCUUCCUACAGCCCCCAUCUCACAUGGCUUUUGUCCACGCAGCUCAUAUGAUCUCCAGCUUAACCUCUAUGGAUGGUCAAAGGAUGCUUUCCCUCCCUUUUUCACCAGAGGAAAAAUUGGUUGGAUCUCACCCAGUGGCUUGUUUUCCACAUGAUAAAGUUUGUUUUGUUUUGUAUCUGUUGUCCUUCCCCCUAACCCAUCAAUACCAAAGACCCAUAGCAAACUCUUGAUAGAGUUACUGAUGUUUUCUGAGUUCCCCACAAGUCACCUGUCUGUGUUUCAUACGUCAAUAACAAGCUAAAAGCCAAAUUAUACACCUGUGAUUGGAUCCUCCAAGAUUUUUAACAUUAAAAAGCAGCUGGGGAGGGACUGUGGUUCAGUGGAAGAGCCUCUUUUUGGCACGCAGAAGGUCCCAGGUUCAGUUCCUAGCAUCUCCCACUAAAACUAAUAGGCAACAGGUGGUUUGGAAGGUCCUGGAGAGCCAUUGCCAGUCUGAGCAGACAGUCCUGACCUUGAUGGACCAGUGGUUGGAUUCAGCAUAAGGCAGCUUCAUGUGGGGGAGGCCAUGGAUUUGGCCUGGAGCAUAACGCACCGGGAGGUGGAUUUAAACCGCCCCCACGUCAUUUUCUUAAUAGAGGGCUACAUUGUAGAUGGCUACUACAUAAUAGGGGGGAAAGGGAAAGGCACCGCAUGGAUCUACUGUGGUUAAAAGAAGAUCUGGAGAACAGUUUCUUUUGGGGAAAUAAUUAAUUCCCCCCAGUCCCCCCCCCACACCCCACACACACACCCCACACACACCCCUCCCCACCCCCACCCCCACACACGGAAGUAAGCAUCCUUGGGUUCCAAGAAAGGUGGGGAUAUACAUUAGCACGUCUACUCUGUUCAUGGAGCUUACUCUCAGGUAAAGGUGCAUUGGUUGCAUCCUGCAUGUGACUGGCCCUGUAGGGAAACAGGAGGCUGUUUUCCACUCCUGAUCGUGCAUUUCGUUCCUUAAUGUGUGAAAGCGCCUACUGUAUUGUGUAAAUAAUGCAGUCUGUGUUAGUCUGAUUUAGUGUUGCAUUAAAUUAUCUUUUAUGGGGGAGUAAACUGUCCUUGUUCCCCCUUUUGGGGAAAGUGAAUACUUGGUGCAGUCUCUGUGAUACACUUUGUCCUUGGGAGCCUUUAGAGGUGAUCAACAGUUAUUUUGAUUGGUUGAAAAAUUGCACAGCUAGGAUUACUGAUCCUCCUCCUGUUAUUCUUGGAAUGGGGGCUGCAAUUCAAGUGGUGAGCCUUCUGCCUUGUGUUGUUUGCCAGUAUGAGCCCUUCCUCUGAAACUUUAUUUUAGUGGAGAAACUGAGAGUAGAUCUAGCUGCUGUUCAGAGCAAUCUAGAUUUGGAAGAAUCCUGAAAGUGUGACGUCCUUGACGUUUACAUAGUUAUGGAGAGGCAGACAGUUCUUACUAUUAUGUCCCUAUGCUAGUUUUUAAAGCAGAGAUUGAAUAUCUUAUUAAAAUGGAGGACAGGAGAAUGACAAAUCACUUUGGGUUCCCAUUGAGCGGGGGGAAGGGGGGUAUACACGUAAAUAAAUUAGGACAGGGCAUGAACAGCAAAUAUUGUAGUCCACUGUGAUCAGAAUUGGAAUGGAGUUGGAUAUAACAGUGGAGCACAAUUGCAGGCUCAAACCACUUCCUUCACACCUUUGUCAUGUGUGCCAGGCCCCCCUUUUCCCCGCAUCUCCUCCCCAAGCAGCUUGGGGUCUAUUAGAAAUAGUGGAAGAAAGUACUAUCAAGGCUGACUUAGGGCAAUCUCGUAGGAUUUUCAAGGCAAGUGACAAACAGAGCUGGCUUGCCAUUGCCUGCCGCUGCAUAAGGACCCUAGACUUUCUUGAUGGUCUCUUAUCCAAGCCCUAAUCAAGGCCAAUCCUGCUUAGUUUCUAUGAUCAGAAGAGAUUGGGUUAGCUUGAGCCAUCCAGGUCCUAGUAGAAAUUAUGUUGUGAGAUUUUUAGUGCCCAGUCAUUAACUGGUUUGUCGUAAGAAAGCCUUUUGAUUAGACCAACAUACCAGCUUUUAGUGCAUUUUUUCCUACUGCUUGUGAAAAAGAGACUCCUGCACACACACAACCACACUAUAUGUAUCAGUGCGGGGGGGGGGUUUGGGGUUGGGCAGGGCUUAAAUUGGGGCCAAUAGUUUUGUCUUUUGACAUUAUAAAUGCGUGUUAACUCGUGGGUUCAUAACCAUUGCACUUAUGUCUGCAUCCUCAGACAGCAGGUGAGGAGAUGAGCCUAUUCUCCAGCUUGUAUUGGCCUGACUAUAAUUGAGGACUCGCACAAGCGAACUCUUCUUUAAAAAAUAUCCCCGCAGUUUGAAGCUAGUGGGUCAGGGAGAAGGAUUCUAGCCUGGCUUUUUCCCUGGUGUGCAGAGCCUCUUCAUAGCUCUUUAACUCUUUUGUUCUUUCAUGCCAUAUUUUGGCGAAUUGUUAAACAUUUUUUAAAACUGUUCUUGGUGUGUCUCAGACUGUUUUUGUAAUGCUUUUACACGUUAUGCCUUUUAUGCAAUG